AUGACAUAUUUGGGAAAAGUAAGGAAUGUAAAAGGAAUAAAGCAGUUGUCAAAAAACACAAACAUCCUCCGCUGCCUUCAGGAGAAGGCGGGCCUUCCCUUAACCAAUCAGACGAGUCCUCGCGGUCACCUGACAGCAGACCCGCGUUCUCAUUGGCGGACUCUGCCGCCGUCUGGCCGCCGGCGCGGUGCGCGCCUCAGAUGUGGAAAGACCGAGAAGGCGCGUCCCGACCUGGGGAGCGCGCGGAUUCUGACGGGACUGCCGCCCGCGCGGCCUGUGGGACUCGCAGUCUCUGGCAGUGUGGCCGCAGUCGUGGAUACGCAUUUUCCUCAGGUUAACGGUGAGGGCGGUGACGGGGCAGAGGCGAGGAGCGGUGGUCUGGGCUCUACAGAUGUGAAUGUUCCCCCAGACCUCUCCAUCUGCACCUUUGUGCUGGAACAAUCCCUCUCCGUCCGGGCCCUGCAGGAGAUGCUGGCUAACACUGUGGAGAAAUCAGAAGGGAAAGUUGAUGUGGAAAAAUGGAAAUUCAUGAUGAAGACUGCUCAAGGUGGUGGCCACCGAACACUCCUGUACGGACAUGCCAUAUUGCUGCGCCAUUCCUACAGCGGCAUGUACCUGUGUUGCCUGUCCACCUCCCGGUCUUCAACUGACAAGCUGGCCUUUGAUGUUGGCUUGCAAGAGGACACAACAGGUGAGGCCUGUUGGUGGACUAUACAUCCUGCCUCCAAGCAGCGCUCAGAAGGAGAGAAAGUACGAGUCGGAGAUGACCUCAUCUUAGUUAGUGUGUCCUCUGAAAGGUACUUGCACUUGUCCUACGGCAAUGGCAGCUUGCACGUGGACGCCGCCUUCCAGCAGACCCUCUGGAGCGUGGCCCCCAUCAGCUCAGGAAGCGAAGCAGCCCAAGGGUAUCUCAUCGGCGGUGACGUCCUCAGGUUGCUUCAUGGACACAUGGACGAGUGCCUCACGGUCCCCUCAGGAGAACACGGUGAAGAGCAGCGGAGAACUGUUCACUACGAAGGUGGUGCUGUAUCUGUUCACGCACGUUCCCUGUGGAGGCUGGAGACACUGAGGGUUGCGUGGAGUGGGAGCCACAUAAGAUGGGGCCAGCCUUUCCGACUCCGCCACGUCACAACAGGGAAAUACUUGAGUCUCCUGGAGGACAAAAGCCUUCUACUCAUGGACAAGGAAAAAGCUGACGUCAAGUCGACAGCAUUUACCUUCCGAUCUUCCAAGGAAAAAUUAGAUGUAGGGGUGAGGAAAGAAGUUGAUGGCAUGGGAACGUCGGAAAUAAAGUACGGGGACUCGGUGUGCUACAUACAGCACAUAAACAGUGGCCUGUGGCUCACCUACCAGUCUGUGGAUGUGAAAUCUGUGAGGAUGGGAUCCGUACAGCGUAAGGCUAUUAUGCACCACGAAGGUCACAUGGACGAUGGCCUAAAUUUAUCCAGAUCUCAACAUGAAGAAUCACGGACAGCACGUGUCAUCCGAAGCACAGUCUUUCUCUUCAAUAGAUUUAUUAGGGGCCUUGAUGCUCUCAGCAAAAAAGUGAAAGCUUCCACAGUAGACUUACCUAUCGAGUCCGUGAGUCUAAGUCUGCAGGACCUGAUCGGUUACUUCCACCCACCAGAGGAGCACUUAGAGCAUGAAGACAAACAGAACAGAUUACGAGCUCUGAAGAACCGGCAGAAUCUCUUCCAGGAAGAGGGAAUGAUCAACCUCGUGCUGGAAUGCAUAGACAGGCUGCAUGUCUACAGCAGUGCCGCUCACUUUGCUGACGUUGCCGGCAGAGAAGCCGGGGAGUCGUGGAAAUCAAUUCUGAAUUCUCUGUACGAGUUGCUGGCGGCUCUAAUUAGAGGAAAUCGUAAAAACUGUGCUCAGUUUUCUGGCUCCCUCGACUGGUUGAUCAGCCGAUUGGAAAGACUGGAAGCUUCUUCCGGUAUUCUUGAAGUUUUACACUGUGUGUUAGUAGAAAGUCCAGAAGCUCUAAAUAUUAUUAAAGAAGGGCAUAUUAAAUCCAUUAUCUCACUUCUAGACAAGCAUGGAAGAAAUCACAAGGUCCUUGAUGUCUUAUGCUCUCUCUGUGUUUGCCAUGGGGUAGCAGUCCGUUCUAACCAGCAUCUCAUCUGUGACAAUCUCCUGCCAGGAAGAGACCUGCUGUUGCAGACCCGCCUCGUGAACCAUGUCAGCAGCAUGAGGCCCAAUAUUUUCCUGGGUGUCAGUGAAGGGUCUGCCCAGUAUAAGAAGUGGUACUAUGAGUUGAUGGUCGACCACACCGAGCCGUUCGUGACCGCUGAAGCCACCCAUCUGCGAGUGGGCUGGGCGUCCACGGAAGGCUACUCCCCCUACCCUGGAGGGGGCGAAGAGUGGGGAGGCAAUGGUGUUGGAGAUGAUCUCUUUUCCUAUGGAUUUGAUGGCCUUCACCUCUGGUCAGGGUGUAUUGCUCGCACUGUCAGCUCACCAAACCAGCAUCUGCUGAGAACUGAGGACGUCAUCAGUUGCUGUUUAGAUCUAAGUGCCCCAAGCAUCUCAUUUCGAAUUAACGGACAGCCUGUUCAAGGAAUGUUUGAGAAUUUCAACAUUGAUGGACUCUUCUUUCCAGUUGUCAGUUUCUCUGCAGGAAUAAAGGUACGCUUCCUGCUUGGGGGGAGACAUGGAGAAUUUAAAUUUCUCCCCCCACCUGGCUACGCUCCGUGUUAUGAAGCUGUUCUGCCAAAAGAAAAGUUGAAAGUGGAACACAGCCGAGAGUAUAAGCAAGAGAGAACUUACACACGGGACCUGUUGGGCCCCACGGUCUCCCUGACACAAGCCGCCUUCACCCCGAUCCCUGUGGAUACCAGCCAGAUCGUGUUGCCUCCCCAUCUAGAGAGGAUAAGAGAAAAACUGGCGGAGAAUAUCCACGAACUCUGGGUCAUGAAUAAGAUUGAACUCGGUUGGCAGUAUGGCCCGGUUAGAGACGACAAUAAGAGACAGCACCCGUGUCUGGUGGAGUUCUCCAGGCUGCCUGAACAGGAACGCAAUUACAAUUUACAGAUGUCACUUGAGACCCUGAAGACCUUGUUGGCAUUAGGAUGUCACGUGGGCAUAUCAGAUGAACAUGCUGAAGAAAAGGUGAAAAAAAUGAAGCUGCCCAAGAAUUACCAGCUGACGAGUGGGUACAAGCCUGCCCCGAUGGACCUGAGCUUUAUCAAACUCACCCCAUCUCAGGAAGCGAUGGUGGACAAGUUGGCGGAAAAUGCUCAUAACGUGUGGGCCCGGGAUCGAAUCCGCCAGGGCUGGACCUACGGCAUCCAGCAGGACGUAAAGAACAGAAGAAACCCGCGCCUCGUUCCCUACGCCCUUCUAGACGACCGAACCAAGAAAUCAAACAAGGACAGCCUCCGCGAGGCGGUGCGCACGCUGCUGGGGUACGGCUACAGCCUGGAGGCGCCCGAUCAAGACCACGCCGCCAGGGCAGAGGUGUGCAGCGGCACCGGGGAGCGGUUCCGGAUCUUCCGGGCCGAGAAAACUUACGCCGUGAGGGCCGGAAGGUGGUAUUUCGAGUUCGAGGCUGUCACUGCUGGAGACAUGCGAGUGGGCUGGAGCCGGCCAGGCUGCCAGCCUGAUCAGGAGCUGGGCUCGGAUGAACAUGCCUUUGCUUUUGAUGGCUUCAAGGCCCAGCGCUGGCACCAGGGCAGCGAGCACUACGGGCGGCCCUGGCAGGCGGGCGACGUGGUGGGCUGCAUGGCCGACGUGACCGAGCGCACCAUGGUGUUCACGCUCAACGGCGAGAUCCUGCUCGACGACUCGGGCUCCGAGCUGGCCUUCAAGGACUUCGACGUCGCUGACGGGUUCAUACCAGUGUGUAGCCUCGGAGUGGCUCAAGUGGGCAGGAUGAACUUCGGAAAGGAUGUCAGCACCUUGAAAUACUUCACCAUCUGCGGCUUACAGGAGGGCUAUGAACCAUUUGCCGUUAAUACAAACAGGGAUAUUACCAUGUGGCUGAGCAAGAGGCUCCCUCAGUUUCUCCAGGUUCCAUCAAACCACGAACACAUUGAGGUGACCAGGAUAGAUGGCACCAUAGACAGCUCCCCGUGUUUAAAGGUCACUCAGAAGUCAUUCGGCUCCCAGAACAGCAGCACGGACAUCAUGUUCUACCGCCUGAGCAUGCCCGUCGAGUGCGCAGAGGUGUUCUCCAAGACUGCGGCGGGCGGCAUCCCGGGCGCCGGCCUCUUUGGGCCCAAGAACGACUUGGAGGAUUAUGAUGCAGAUUCGGACUUCGAGGUUCUCAUGAAGACAGCUCAUGGCCAUCUGGUGCCAGAUCGAGUGGACAAAGACAAAGAAGCUGCAAAACCGGAGUGUAACAACCACAAGGAUUACGCUCAGGAAAAGCCCUCUCGUCUGAAACAAAGAUUUCUGCUCAGGAGGACAAAGCCGGAUUACAGCACAAGCCAUUCCGCAAGACUCACUGAGGACGUCCUUGCCGACGACAGGGAUGACUACGACUACUUGAUGCAGACGUCCACGUACUAUUACUCAGUGAGAAUCUUCCCUGGACAAGACCCCGCUAACGUCUGGGUGGGCUGGAUUACGUCAGAUUUCCAUCAGUACGAUACCGCCUUUGACCUGGACAGAGUUCGCACAGUGACCGUGACUCUAGGAGAUGAAAAAGGAAAGGUGCACGAAAGCAUCAAACGCAGCAACUGCUACAUGGUGUGUGCGGGCGAGAGCAUGAGCCCGGGGCAGGGGCGCAACAGUAACGGCCUGGAGAUCGGCUGCGUGGUGGACGCGGCCAGCGGGCUGCUCACCUUCACCGCCAACAGCAAGGAGCUGAGCACCUACUACCAGGUGGAGCCAAGUACAAAAUUAUUUCCUGCCGUUUUUGCACAAGCUACAAGUCCUCAUGUCUUUCAGUUUGAGUUGGGAAGAAUAAAGAACGUGAUGCCUCUCUCAGCGGGACUGUUCAAGAGCGAGCACAAAAACCCGGUGCCGCAGUGCCCCCCGCGCCUCCACGUGCAGUUCCUGUCCCACGUCCUCUGGAGCAGGAUGCCCAACCAGUUCUUGAAGGUCGACGUCUCUCGAAUCAGCGAGCGCCAGGGCUGGCUGGUGCAGUGUGUGGAACCCUUGCAGUUCAUGUCUCUUCACAUCCCGGAGGAGAACAGGUCUGUGGACAUCCUGGAGUUGACCGAGCAGGAGGACCUGCUGAAGUUCCACUACCACACGCUCCGGCUGUACUCGGCGGUGUGUGCACUGGGGAACCACCGCGUGGCCCACGCCCUGUGCAGCCAUGUGGAUGAGCCGCAGCUGCUCUACGCCAUCGAGAGCAAGUAUAUGCCCGGCCUGCUGCGCGCCGGCUACUACGACCUGCUGAUUGACAUCCACCUCAGCUCCUACGCCACCGCCAGGCUCAUGAUGAACAGCGAGUUCAUCGUCCCCAUGACGGAGGAGACCAAGAGCAUCACGCUGUUCCCGGACGAGAACAAGAAGCACGGCCUCCCGGGCAUUGGCCUCAGCACCUCGCUCAGGCCGCGGAUGCAGGUGUCCUCCCCCAGCUUCGUGAGCAUCAGUCACGAGAGCUACCAGUACAGCCCCGAGUUCCCGCUGGACGUCCUCAAGGCCAAGACCAUCCAGAUGCUGACAGAGGCAGUGCGAGAGGGCAGCCUACACGCCCGGGACCCCGUAGGGGGCACCACCGAGUUCCUCCUCGUGCCCCUCAUCAAGCUCUUCUACACCCUGCUCAUCAUGGGUGUCUUCCACAGCCGGGACCUCAAGCACGUCCUGCAGCUCAUCGAGCCCAGCGUGUUCAAGGAAGCUGCUGCCCCUGACGAGGAGAGCGAGGUGCUGGAGGGGGAGUCCUGCACCGAAGACCCCAAGCCCGACGGAGCCACGGAGGAAGAAGCCAAAGGGGGUAAGAGGCCCAAGGAAGGUCUGCUCCAAAUGAAACUGCCCGAGCCAGUUAAAUUGCAGAUGUGCCUCCUACUUCAGUACCUCUGUGACUGCCAGGUCCGGCACCGGAUAGAAGCCAUUGUGGCCUUUUCUGAUGACUUUGUAGCCAAGCUCCAGGACAACCAGCGGUUCCGCUAUAACGAGGUCAUGCAAGCCUUAAACAUGUCGGCUGCCCUCACAGCCAGGAAGACUAAGGAGUUCCGAUCACCACCUCAAGAACAGAUCAAUAUGCUUCUCAAUUUUAAGGAUGACAAAAGCGAAUGUCCAUGUCCUGAAGAAAUCCGAGACCAGCUCUUGGAUUUUCAUGAAGAUUUGAUGACGCAUUGUGGAAUUGAGCUGGAUGAAGAUGGGUCUCUGGAUGGAAACAGUGAUUUAACAAUUAGAGGACGCCUGCUGUCCUUGGUGGAAAAGGUGACAUACCUGAAGAAGAAGCAAGCCGAAAAGCCAGUUGAGAGUGCCGCCAAGAAGUCGUCCACUCUGCAGCAGCUGAUAUCCGAGACCAUGGUCCGCUGGGCCCAAGAGUCUGUCAUUGAAGACCCUGAGCUGGUGAGGGCCAUGUUUGUGCUGCUCCACCGACAGUAUGACGGCAUUGGGGGUCUGGUUCGUGCUCUGCCCAAGACCUACACUAUCAACAGUGUUUCCGUCGAGGACACCAUCAACCUGCUGGCAUCUCUUGGUCAGAUUCGCUCUCUGCUGAGCGUGAGAAUGGGAAAAGAAGAAGAGAAGCUCAUGAUCCGUGGAUUGGGGGAUAUCAUGAAUAAUAAAGUAUUCUACCAGCACCCUAAUCUCAUGAGGGCGCUUGGGAUGCACGAGACAGUGAUGGAGGUCAUGGUGAACGUCCUUGGAGGUGGAGAGUCCAAGGAAAUCACUUUUCCCAAGAUGGUGGCCAACUGCUGCCGUUUUCUCUGUUACUUCUGUCGUAUAAGCAGGCAGAAUCAGAAAGCCAUGUUUGAUCAUCUCAGUUACUUACUGGAGAACAGCAGUGUUGGUCUCGCCUCACCAGCUAUGAGGGGGUCAACGCCGCUGGAUGUGGCCGCAGCCUCCGUGAUGGAUAAUAAUGAGCUCGCCCUGGCUCUGCGGGAGCCAGAUCUGGAAAAGGUGGUCCGCUAUCUGGCUGGCUGUGGACUGCAGAGCUGCCAGAUGCUGGUGUCGAAGGGCUAUCCAGACAUCGGCUGGAAUCCUGUCGAAGGAGAGAGAUACCUCGACUUUCUCAGAUUUGCUGUGUUCUGUAACGGGGAGAGUGUGGAGGAGAACGCCAACGUCGUGGUCAGACUGCUCAUCCGGAGGCCUGAGUGCUUCGGCCCCGCCCUGCGGGGGGAAGGUGGGGACGGUCUGCUUGCAGCCAUGGAAGAGGCCAUCAAGAUAGCCGGAGACCCUUCUCGCGAUGGUCCCUCCCCGACCAGCGGCUCCAGCAAAACCCUUGACCCAGAGGAGGAGGAGGACACAAUCCACACGGGGAAUGCCGUCAUGACCUUCUACUCGGCUCUGAUCGACCUGUUGGGGCGCUGUGCCCCCGAGAUGCACCUGAUUCAUGCUGCUAAGGGAGAGGCCAUCAGGAUCAGGUCUAUUUUGAGAUCCCUGAUUCCACUGGGAGACUUGGUGGGAGUGAUCAGCAUCGCUUUCCAGAUGCCAACCGUAGCCAAAGAUGGGAAUGUGGUGGAGCCUGACAUGUCUGCGGGGUUUUGCCCAGAUCACAAGGCAGCCAUGGUUUUGUUCCUUGACAGGGUCUAUGGAAUUGAGGUUCAAGACUUCCUCCUCCACCUUCUUGAGGUUGGCUUUCUGCCAGAUCUCCGGGCUGCUGCUUCUUUAGACACGGCUGCCCUGAGCGCCACAGACAUGGCCCUGGCCCUCAAUCGGUACCUCUGCACGGCUGUGCUGCCCUUGUUGACCAGGUGCGCUCCUCUGUUUGCGGGCACCGAGCACCACGCUUCGCUCAUCGACUCCUUACUUCACACAGUGUACAGACUCUCUAAGGGCUGUUCACUUACCAAAGCUCAGCGGGACUCCAUCGAAGUGUGUCUGCUCUCCAUUUGUGGCCAACUGAGACCUUCUAUGAUGCAGCACUUGCUCAGAAGAUUAGUGUUUGAUGUUCCACUAUUAAAUGAACAUGCAAAGAUGCCUCUUAAGCUGCUGACAAAUCAUUAUGAAAGAUGCUGGAAAUAUUACUGCCUGCCUGGAGGGUGGGGAAGCUUUGGAGCUGCCUCAGAAGAAGAACUUCAUUUAUCAAGAAAGUUGUUCUGGGGCAUUUUUGACGCGCUGUCUCAAAAGAAAUAUGAACAAGAACUUUUCAAACUGGCACUGCCUUGCCUGAGCGCAGUUGCAGGAGCUUUGCCCCCAGACUACAUGGAGUCAAAUUAUGUCAGUAUGAUGGAAAAACAGUCAUCAAUGGAUUCUGAAGGGAACUUUAACCCACAACCUGUUGAUACCUCAAAUAUCACAAUUCCUGAGAAGUUGGAGUACUUCAUUAGCAAAUAUGCAGAGCAUUCCCAUGACAAAUGGUCGAUGGACAAGUUGGCAAAUGGAUGGAUUUAUGGAGAAAUAUAUUCAGACUCAUCUAAAGUUCAGCCAUUAAUGAAGCCAUAUAAGCUGUUAUCUGAAAAGGAAAAAGAAAUUUAUCGCUGGCCAAUCAAAGAAUCUUUAAAAACUAUGCUGGCUUGGGGGUGGAGGAUUGAAAGGACACGAGAGGGAGACAGCAUGGCCCUUUACAACCGGACUCGUCGCAUUUCUCAGACAAGCCAGGUUUCUGUGGAUGCCGCCCAUGGGUACAGCCCCCGAGCCAUCGACAUGAGCAAUGUUACACUGUCUCGAGAUCUGCAUGCGAUGGCAGAAAUGAUGGCUGAAAACUACCAUAAUACAUGGGCGAAGAAAAAGAAGCUGGAGCUGGAGGCCAAAGGAGGUGGAAAUCAUCCACUGCUGGUUCCCUAUGACACACUGACAGCCAAAGAGAAAGCCAAGGACAGGGAGAAAGCACAGGACAUCCUCAAGUUCCUGCAGAUCAGCGGGUAUGCUGUGUCCAGAGGCUUCAAGGACCUGGAAUUGGACACACCUUCUAUUGAGAAACGAUUUGCCUAUAGUUUCCUUCAGCAACUGAUUCGCUAUGUGGAUGAAGCCCAUCAGUAUAUCCUGGAGUUCGAUGGUGGCAGCAGAAGCAAAGGAGAACAUUUCCCUUAUGAGCAAGAAAUCAAGUUCUUUGCUAAAGUCGUUCUUCCUUUAAUUGAUCAGUAUUUCAAAAACCAUCGUUUAUACUUCUUAUCUGCAGCAAGCAGACCUCUCUGUUCUGGAGGACAUGCUUCAAACAAAGAGAAAGAAAUGGUGACUAGCCUAUUCUGCAAACUUGGAGUUCUUGUCAGGCAUAGGAUUUCACUGUUUGGAAAUGAUGCAACAUCAAUUGUCAACUGUCUUCAUAUUUUGGGUCAGACUUUGGAUGCAAGGACCGUGAUGAAGACUGGCCUGGAGAGUGUCAAGAGCGCACUGCGGGCUUUCCUGGACAGUGCCGCCGAGGAUCUGGAGAAGACGAUGGAGAACCUCAAGCAGGGCCAGUUCACCCACACCCGAAACCAGCCCAAAGGUGUUACUCAGAUUAUCAAUUAUACCACGGUGGCACUGCUGCCAAUGCUGUCGUCCCUAUUUGAGCAUAUUGGCCAGCAUCAGUUCGGAGAAGAUCUGAUAUUGGAAGAUGUGCAGGUGUCAUGCUAUAGAAUUCUGACUAGCUUGUAUGCUUUGGGAACUAGCAAGAGUAUCUAUGUGGAAAGGCAACGUUCUGCAUUAGGAGAAUGCCUGGCUGCCUUUGCUGGUGCGUUUCCUGUAGCCUUUUUGGAAACUCAUCUGGACAAACACAACGUUUACUCAAUCUACAAUACAAAGUCUUCACGAGAGAGAGCAGCUCUCAGUUUGCCAGCUAACGUGGAAGACGUUUGUCCAAAUAUACCGUCUCUGGAGAAGCUCAUGGAAGAAAUCGUGGAGCUGGCUGAGUCCGGGAUCCGCUACACUCAGAUGCCACAUGUGAUGGAGGUCAUCCUGCCCAUGCUCUGCAGCUACAUGUCCCGCUGGUGGGAGCACGGCCCUGAGAAUCACCCGGGGAGGGCAGACACGUGCUGCACGGCGCUGAGCUCAGAGCACAUGAACACGUUGCUGGGCAACAUCCUGAAGAUCAUAUACAACAACCUGGGGGUGGACGAGGGCGCCUGGAUGAAGAGGCUGGCAGUGUUUUCCCAGCCCAUUAUAAACAAAGUGAAACCUCAGCUGUUGAAAACUCAUUUCCUGCCAUUAAUGGAGAAACUCAAGAAAAAGGCGGCGAUGGUGGUAUCGGAGGAGGACCACCUGAAGUCCGAGGCCAGGGGGGACAUGUCCGAGGCGGAGCUGCUCAUCCUGGACGAGUUCACCACGCUGGCCAGGGACCUCUACGCCUUCUACCCGCUCCUGAUUCGAUUUGUGGACUACAACAGGGCAAAGUGGCUCAAGGAGCCUAACGCAGAAGCAGAGGACCUUUUCCGCAUGGUCGCUGAGGUGUUUAUCUACUGGUCGAAAUCCCACAACUUCAAAAGGGAGGAGCAGAACUUCGUGGUGCAGAAUGAAAUCAACAACAUGUCUUUUCUCAUCACGGACACCAAGUCAAAGAUGUCGAAGGCAGCCGUGUCUGACCAGGAGAGGAAGAAGAUGAAGCGCAGAGGGGACCGGUACUCCAUGCAGACAUCGCUCAUCGUGGCGGCGCUGAAGCGGCUGCUGCCCAUCGGCCUGAACAUCUGCGCGCCCGGGGACCAGGAGCUCAUCGCUCUGGCCAAAAAUCGGUUUAGUCUGGUAAGGGUCCUGUCCCUCCUGGUGGACGUGACCACUCCCCCUCCACACGGUCUCAGAAGCGUGAGUGGAGAUCAGGGCGACACCUGUGUUUCAGUGGUGGGUAAAGCACUGGCCAGAGGUGGCUUCUGUAUCCCAGCAUUUACCAUUGUUUGGAAAUGCUUCACACUGGAGAAUGAACUGUUGCCGGCCUCACAAGGCCAAGGCAUUUCUGGGUUUGGUCUCUGGGUGAUGAUCAGGCGCUGCGCCGUGCUCGGUAAAUCUCUGUGGAUCGACUCUUCAGAAGGGGGUCUUCGCUCUGUACGUUGUAACCCGGUGUUUUCUGAACUCUUCUCUCUCUUUGUCCUGCAGUUGGAGGACCCCGCCAUUCGGUGGCAGAUGGCCCUUUACAAAGACCUACCAAACAGGACUGAAGACACUUCCGACCCCGAGAGGACAGUUGAGAGGGUACUGGACAUAGCAAACGUGCUCUUCCACCUUGAGCAGAAAUCUACAUCAAUGCGCCGGAGAUAUUACAAUCUGGUGGAGCAUCCGCAGAGAUCCAAGAAGGCCGUCUGGCACAAGCUGCUCUCCAAGCAGAGGAAGCGGGCGGUGGUGGCCUGCUUCCGGAUGGCCCCCUUGUACAACCUGCCGAGGUCAGAGUCCCUCUGCUGUUUGUGGUGCAGCUGCUCUGCCCCUAGCCAGGUUAGAGCUGUUUGUGUCCCUGAUUCAGACUUCGAGACCCUUCAGAGCUGUGUUCAGUUUCAAACUCUCAGUAGCCAGAACUUCGCUGCCUUUCAGGCUUUUAGGAAAUACACUCAGGCAUCAUUUGAGAAAUAUCUAAGCCUCAGCCCAUUGAAUCGGACUUUCUCCGAGGGCUUAGCACGGGCCCUGUUUCAGGGCCGCACAGGUGAUUAUGCUGCACCACUGAGGUCGAGCAUCUGCCCGCACACGGAUCUCUGGUGGGUUCUGGCCGCUCCAGCCGCAUCGUCAGUUCCUCUCCCCGGUGUCAAGGCCCUUCGGGGGCCUCCCCCGCUUCUCUCGUCGGCCGCACGGUCGGUUUACGUGCUCGUGGUCUUCGCUGGUCUCUCCCCGCAGGCAGCCGCUCGUCGUCAGCGCUGCAGGGCGUGGUCUUGGAGUGCAGGCCCCCCCCCAUGCAGUCCGCUGAACACGCGGUGCUCCACAGUCCUCGGGGCCUGUCUCUGCCGAGAGCUGGAACACGGUGGCGCGUCCUCUCUUGAUGUUUAUCACAUGGUUGAUCCUGAGUCAACCUUAUGCCCCUUCUACUUCAAAACUGAUUUUUUUCUUGUUUUUCAUAGCAAACUGGAAGAAGAUUUUUUAUAUAUGGCUUAUGCAGAUAUUAUGGCAAAGAGCUGUCAUGACGAGGAGGAGGAUGACGGCGAAGAGGAGGUGAAGAGCUUUGAAGUCACAGGAUCGCAGCGCAGCAAGGAAAAGGAAAUGGAGAAGCAGAAGCUUCUGUACCAGCAAGCCAGGCUGCACGACCGCGGCGCUGCCGAGAUGGUGCUGCAGACCGUCAGCGCCAGCAAAGGUGAGACUGGACCCAUGGUGGCUGCUACUCUGAGACUCGGGAUUGCCGUCUUAAAUGGCGGGAACUCCACGGUGCAGCAGAAAAUGCUCGACUACCUCAAGGAGAAAAAGGACGUGGGCUUCUUUCAGAGCCUGGCGGGCCUGAUGCAGUCAUGCAGCGUCCUCGACCUCAAUGCAUUUGAGCGACAGAACAAAGCCGAGGGACUCGGGAUGGUGACGGAAGAAGGAUCAGGAGAGAAGGUUCUGCAGGAUGACGAGUUCACCUGUGACCUCUUCCGCUUCUUGCAGCUGCUCUGUGAGGGACACAACUCAGAUUUUCAAAAUUAUCUGAGAACUCAGACGGGCAACAAUACAACUGUCAACAUCAUCAUCUCCACGGUGGACUACCUGCUGCGAGUCCAGGAAUCAAUCAGUGAUUUCUAUUGGUAUUACUCUGGGAAGGACGUCAUCGAUGAGCAAGGACAAAGGAAUUUCUCCAAAGCAAUUCAAGUAGCAAAGCAAGUCUUCAACACUCUUACAGAGUAUAUUCAGGGCCCUUGCACGGGGAACCAGCAGAGCCUGGCCCACAGCCGGCUGUGGGACGCGGUGGUGGGCUUCCUCCACGUGUUUGCCCACAUGCAGAUGAAGCUGUCCCAGGACUCCAGUCAAAUUGAGCUCCUGAAAGAGCUGAUGGACCUUCAGAAGGACAUGGUGGUCAUGCUGCUGUCCAUGCUGGAAGGUAAUGUUGUGAACGGCACCAUCGGCAAACAGAUGGUGGACAUGCUCGUGGAGUCUUCCAACAACGUGGAGAUGAUUCUCAAAUUUUUUGACAUGUUCCUGAAACUGAAGGACUUGACGUCUUCCGACGCCUUCAAAGAGUAUGACCCCGAUGGCAAGGGCGUCAUCUCCAAGAGGGACUUCCACAAGGCGAUGGAGAGCCACAAGCACUACACGCCGUCCGAGACCGAGUUCCUCCUGUCCUGCGCCGAGACGGACGAGAACGAAACCCUGGACUACGAGGAGUUCGUCAAGCGGUUCCACGAGCCCGCCAAGGACAUCGGCUUCAACGUGGCGGUGCUGCUGACAAACCUGUCCGAGCACAUGCCCAACGACAGCCGGCUGCAGACCUUCCUGGAGCUGGCCGAGAGCGUGCUCAGCUACUUCCAGCCCUUCCUGGGCCGCAUCGAGGUCAUGGGCAGCGCCAAGCGCAUCGAGAGGGUCUACUUUGAGAUCAGCGAGUCCAGCCGGACCCAGUGGGAGAAGCCCCAGGUCAAGGAGUCCAAGAGGCAGUUCAUAUUCGACGUGGUCAACGAGGGGGGUGAGAAGGAGAAGAUGGAGCUGUUCGUGAACUUCUGUGAGGACACCAUCUUCGAGAUGCAGCUGGCGGCUCAGAUCUCAGAGUCGGACCUGAACGAGAGGUCGGCGAGCAAGGAGGAGAGCGAGAAGGAGCGGCCGGAGGAACCGGGCCCGAGGAUGGGCUUCUUCUCCCUGGGGACGGUGCGCGCGGCCCUGCUCGCCCUGCGCUACAACGUCCUGGCCCUCAUGCGGAUGCUCAGCCUCAAGAGCCUGAGGAAGCAGGUGAAGCGCGUGAAGAAGAUGACGGUCAAGGACAUGGUCACGGCCGUCUUCACAUCCUACUGGGCCGUCUUCCUCAGCCUCCUGCACUUUGUGGCCAGCGUGUUCAGGGGCUUCUCCCGCAUCCUCUGCAGCCUCCUGCUGGGGGGCAGCUUGGUGGAAGGUGCCAAGAAGAUCCGAGUGGCCGAGCUCUUGGCCAACAUGCCGGACCCCACGCAGGACGAGGUCAGGGGGGACGGGGAGGAUGCAGAGAGGAAGGCCACGGAAGCUGCCCUGCCCUCUGAAGACCUCACAGACCUGAAAGAGCUGACGGAGGAGAGCGACCUGCUCUCCGACAUCUUCGGCUUGGACCUGAAGCGAGAAGGAGGACAGUACAAACUCAUCCCGCAUAAUCCCAAUGCCGGCCUGAGCGACCUCAUGAGCAGCCCGGUCCCCAUCCCCGAGGUGCAGGAGAAGUUCCAGGAACAGGUGCCCAAAGAAGAGGAGAAGGAAGAAAAAGAAGAGAGCAGAUCAGAACCCGAGAAAGCCGAGGGAGAAGACGGAGAAAAAGAAGACAAAGCCAGAGAAGACAAGGGCAAGCCGAGGCCGAGGCAGCUGCACACACACAGAUACGGGGAGCCCGAGGCUCCCGAGUCGGCUUUCUGGAAGAAGAUCAUAGCCUCUCAGCAGAAGCUGCUCAACUAUUUUGCUCGCAACUUUUACAACAUGAGGAUGUUAGCCUUGUUUGUCGCGUUUGCAAUCAAUUUCAUCUUGCUCUUCUACAAGGUCUCCACUUCUUCUGUGGUUGAAGGAAGGGAGCCGCCCCCACGCAGCUCAGGCGAAAAUACCCGAGGCAGCAGCCUGGACGGCGGCUCGCCGCGAGUCAUCGCCGUGCACUACGUGCUGGAGGAGAGCAGCGGCUACAUGGAGCCCACGCUGCGCAUCCUGGCCGUGCUGCACACGGUCAUCGCCUUCUUCUGCAUCAUUGGGUACUACUGCCUGAAGGUCCCACUGGUUAUUUUUAAGCGAGAAAAGGAAGUAGCUCGAAAAUUGGAAUUCGAUGGGCUUUAUAUUACGGAGCAGCCUUCGGAAGAUGACAUUAAAGGCCAGUGGGAUAGACUCGUAAUCAACACACAGUCAUUUCCCAAUAACUACUGGGACAAAUUUGUUAAAAGAAAGGUUAUGGAUAAAUACGGGGAAUUCUAUGGCCGAGACAGAAUCAGCGAGCUGCUUGGCAUGGACAAAGCCGCCCUGGACUUCAGCGACGCCCGGGAAAAGAAGAAGCCGAAGAAAGACAGCUCCCUGUCGGCCGUACUGAGCUCUGUCGACGUGAAGUAUCAGAUGUGGAAGCUGGGAGUCGUUUUCACGGACAACUCCUUCCUCUACCUGGCCUGGUACAUGACCAUGUCCGUCCUCGGGCACUACAACAACUUCUUCUUCGCUGCUCAUCUUCUGGACAUUGCCAUGGGGUUCAAGACCCUAAGAACCAUCCUGUCGUCAGUCACGCACAAUGGCAAGCAGCUUGUGCUGACCGUCGGCUUACUGGCCGUCGUCGUGUACCUGUACACUGUGGUGGCGUUCAACUUCUUCCGAAAAUUCUACAACAAAAGUGAAGAUGGUGACACACCAGAUAUGAAGUGUGAUGACAUGCUGACGUGCUACAUGUUCCACAUGUAUGUCGGGGUGCGUGCUGGCGGGGGUAUCGGCGACGAGAUCGAGGACCCCGCGGGCGACGAGUACGAGAUCUACCGCAUCAUCUUCGACAUCACCUUCUUCUUCUUCGUGAUCGUCAUCCUCUUGGCCAUCAUCCAAGGUUUGAUCAUUGAUGCGUUCGGGGAACUGAGAGACCAGCAGGAACAGGUCAAGGAAGACAUGGAGACCAAGUGCUUCAUCUGUGGGAUAGGCAACGAUUACUUCGACACCGUGCCGCACGGCUUCGAGACCCACACCCUGCAGGAGCACAACCUGGCCAAUUACCUGUUUUUCCUGAUGUAUCUCAUAAACAAAGAUGAAACAGAGCACACAGGACAGGAAUCUUACGUCUGGAAGAUGUACCAGGAAAGGUGCUGGGAGUUCUUCCCAGCCGGGGAUUGUUUCCGGAAACAGUACGAAGACCAGCUGAACUGAGCGCCGACCCAGCCCGCCUCGGAAAACCCACGCGCGCUCUCGCUGUCUUGGCCUCUGUCUCUCCGACUCUCUGUCUCUCCGCUCCCUUGGAGCGUCCUGCUGAUUCUGCGAAUUGCCAGCGUGAUGCGCUCUCUGGGGGCUGAGAAGCUGUUCCCGAAUACCCGACCGGGCUUCUCCCCCUACCUGGCCUGUUUCCUUUGCAAACAAAGACUGAAGAAGAAUCUGGACUCACACACAGACCGGCGAGGAGCUCUGGGCGCGCUCAGGCGUCACCCAGACAGGUCUGCUUCUGAGACUCUGGAACCUCCUUGAGCUGCGGGACGUGGAAGGGCAGCGGGGUCGCCACACUCAUCCAGCCUCUUUAUUUCCCCAUCCUGAAGGGAGCCCUGGCCGUCACAGAGCGCGGUAGCACGUGACCGACGGCCGUGGACACCAGUUACAAAGAAAUAGUGCCUUACUAUCUGUGGGUUGAGCUAUGCAGAAGAAACGUGCAUGAAAAACAUCUUUAUUUCCUUUAUGUCACCUUCUUUUUCCUUAGUUAGACUGGUUUGGUGAGGUUUGGGUUUUUUUUCCUUUCAUGCUUUUCUUUAGUGGGGGAGGGUAACAAAAGCAGUUUGCGCGCACCUUUUGGCCAAGGCGGGUGGCCUGUCUCAGGACACGAGGAGGUUCUUCUCAUUCCUCACAUUCAGCUCCCUCCCCACGGGCUCCUGCUCUGAUUUCCGUCAUGCUCUGAUGCCACGUUGCAACUUUACGAAAUCUUUGUAUGAGAACAAAAAGACUGCAAAAAGAAAAAACACACCUUCAAAAGAAAUACUUCAUUGCAUGUUUAUUAUGCAAGUGUUAAGUGAACAGAGAACCCUCAGGAGCAAGCUGGUCAACGUGAGCGCACUCUCAUGGUAACUACACGCAUAGUGAGAAAGUGUCGUGGGCUAAUCGUGUGCUUGGAGCCAGUGUCCGCCGCCGCCGCCAGUGUGGCAGCAUCGAGAACGCGACUGCAGUCUUGGGCCUCUUCUUCGGCCACCUGUGAUCAGCUGCUGACUGAGGACUUCUUGUCAGGCCACUUUUAACGUCAAAGCUGCAGUGACAUCCAUUCAGGGGUUUCAUCGGUUGCAUCAAAGAACACGGGUGACAGUGGCGAUCACUCCAUUUUGAGUCCUUUUAAGUGUGAUGCAAACCUUUACAAAUAAAAAGACAUUCAGAGUGGAAGUGCAGUCGUUCUGCAGACGUCGGAGCUCUUUUGUCAUAGGUCCGCUUGUUAAUUUUAGAAUUGGAAAACGGCUCUGAUUAAACUACUUAACUAAC